CUUUUUUUCUUUUCUUUUUCUGGUGUGGAUAGAUAGAUAAGAGCAGCAACUUCUUCUCUUUACUUAAAAGCUCACUGCGUUUGAAAAUGGCCACACUAUUCUCAUCUUUCUCUCUGCACUCUGUUCCUUCUUCUUCUUCUUUUUCUUCUUCAUCUUCUUCUCCCUCCUUCGCGUUUUGCAGCUUCCCCUUGCGCUCUCCAACUUCAACUUUGAAGAUUAAGAAGCGCGUGGUGAAGGCAGUGGAAGAAGAAACCCAGCAAGAAUUCGCCGCUGAGUCUGAACAACCUUCAACCUCCGAAGCGCAACCCGUUGUCGUUCCCAUUUCUCCAUCUGAUACCCUCACCAUGUUCUUUCAGGCAGAGGGAACAAUGAAUGAAACUUCCAUUCCAGCUUUGACUAAAGCUUUAGAGGACACUGAAGGUGUUACUGAUUUGAAGGUUCAGCUUGCUGAGGGACUUGCAAUUGUAGAGUUGAAGAAACAGACAACAGUCCAAGCUACAGGAGUGGCUUCUGGUCUGGUAGAAACCAUACAAGGUUCAGGCUUCAAAUUACAGACACUAAAUCUUAGUUUUGAGGAUGAAGAAGUUGCAGCUGCCUAGACUAAAUGUAUUGUUGUAAUAACAAUAGUUUGAGGGAAGGAAAGAAGAGUUAAAGAAGCUGCACGUUCACGCUUUACAGACUAGAGCCUCCAACACUCAUUUUGGUUUGUAUAGGGCUAGUGUUUGUUAACUUCUUUUGUAUUUUGAGGAUGUUGGUUAACUUUCUUCUUCAUUAUUAUUGUUGAUGUUGAUGUUGUUAUUAUCACUAUUAUUAUUAUUUUUUGAUAAAAAGUAAAAGAGUAUUUGAUGAUGAAA